GAUCUAGAUCCCGACCUCUAGACAUCGACGUAAAAGAAUUUUGGUUCCGAAGUGGUUGACCCCAUGGUUUAAAAUAUUGGUGAAUCGGCCGAUUCAUAUAAAUGACCGAUUCCAAUCCGAUCUGAAUCAGCACGGAUUCCUGUUUUUAAAACUCUUGGUUUGCCGUUCUAAGUUUCCUUCUUUGGGUUCUUCCUCUGCAACUCUGUGAGUCGUGUCUUAUAAACAGUUGCAGUUAAGGUUAAAACCUCCGAGCUAGGGUUUUAAUCAAAAUUUUUUGUUUUGUUCUUUUCAUUAAUUUUUUCUUCCCAAAUUGCAACUCCGCCAUUAGUGAAUCCAAUAUUGAAGAAUGAAACUUCGACACGCGAUGGUUUGUUCUUCGAAUCAGAAUCGGAGCAUGGAAGCUCAUUCGCUCCUCAAAAGAGAGGGCUUAGAUGUCUCUUCUUAUGGUACUGGAGGUCAUGUUAAGCUUCCUGGGCCGUCUUUAAGGGAACCCAACGUUUACGACUUUGGUACCCCGUACAAGCAGAUGUUCGAUGAUCUUAGACGGAAAGAUCCUGAACUAUACAAGAGGAAUGGUAUCUUACCAAUGCUUAAAAGGAAUUCUUCUGUGAAACUUGCUCCUCAACGCUGGCAAGAUAAUGCUGCUGAUGGUUCCUUUGAUGUGAUCUAUGCACAUGAAGUGCUGGCUAAGUUAAUUGCACUGGGAUCCAAUCUAAAGAACUUCAAGACAGAUAUUGUAACUGAAAAAUUAGAUCUUCACAAUCGGGAGCAUGCUCUUAUGAAAAGUGUACUAGCGAUCAACUUGGAUGUAAAAGAUAACCAUGAGGAGGCAGCCAUUGGAGCUAGGCUUGCUCUGGAGCUUUGUCAACAGCUUGAAGCUGUUGAGUUUUGGGAGGAUUCUAUCGAUGACAUUGUUGCUGCAUUUGAGAAACAACAUCGGCGGAAGCUUUUAUAUAGCAUUUCUUUCUAUUAAAUUUUUCUUGGGGAUCUAUUAUGGUAAUAUGAGGACCUUCUUUUUCCUUCUGCCAUUUGGUGUCAAGUCAUCACAAAUGGGAAAUUUCUUGUUCUAAAUGACCACCUUCUAAUGUACUGAAGUGAACAUCUAAUUCCUCAAUUAUAAGGUCAAGGAAAAUGAUCCAAACCAUGUUGCUUGAAAUCCAGAAUCAGCAACUGGAACAAGUAUGAACUCAACCUAUGCAUCUCCAGGAUGAAAACCUAAUCUACAGGAUGUAUUUCUUUCUUACUUGGUUUAUGGGUUAACCUGAGCCCUUUCAUUGUUAUUACCUUUUUGUAUACUCAUUUGAAAUAUUUUUUUCACUCCCUCUUUCCUUUA